UGACUCGACGCGGUGUGGAAGGAUGCCCGUUGUUGCACGCUGAACUCGAAGAAGCCGGUUUUGAGAGAGAGGCAAAGAAAACCCUUCAGGCUGAGCGAGAGAGGACUGAGGUGUGUGCGCGUUGUUGAGUGUGUGCUGCUUGUUUCGGUUUUCAUUCAUCCACUUCCUCGAUCUGUCGGAGAGGUCGUUCGGCCGCGGAUGCUUUGGGAUCAACAGGGCCGCUUUAACGGAUCCGAAAGAGGGUACUUACAGAGCCACGCAGGGCAUGAACUCAGGAAUGACGGACUUCUUUCCGAUAUUCGAAGAAUGACAAGACAAUAAGAAAAAUCGAUGGGUAAUUCUCACUCGCAAUCUUCAUCCCGCCUGCAUACAAAUUACCCCAAAGAAGGUCGCGGAAAGAAGUUCAGUGUUGCUAAAUUUGCAAGUCCAGAAAACCGUGUGCUUCCCGUUGUGUCCAAUGUCCCUCAGCGCCUUCGGAGCACUGACAAUGGCAGCAUUUUACAUAGCGGUGGCACUAUCAGUGGACGGAAGAACAACGUCGUGUCCGUACCUGACAAAGAACCAGAGUUCGUUCAGCUGCUUCAGAAGAAGUGCCACGCCUUGCAGACGCCGGCGCAAAAUGUGUCUUUUCAAACACUCUAUGGUCAUAGGAAGUCUCACAGUGAUCCGGAUAUUGUCAGAAUGAUGAUUCGCGAGAACGAGAAUGAUAAUGAUUCCUAUGAUGACGAAUAUGACACUGAUGGAAGAGGAGACACAGAAAACAACUCCAACUUGCGAAGCAUUAUCGCCAUGAGUCCUAGCAAAGCCAAAAUCAAAUCUAGAAAAAAAUCACGUGCUCCAGAACCUCCUCAAUCGAAUACAUUACCCAGAACAUUAGGUAAAGCUCCUGUCUACAAUAACGAAAGACAUAAUAUGAUGAACUCCCAAACAUCUGCGUAUGAUUAUAAUGAUGCUCCAAGAAGGCCACUUCCACCAAUUCCACCUGAUGAAAUGCCGCCACCACCACCGCCUCCGCCGCCUGAUUACAACCAGGCUAUUGACAGUAGAGGAGUAUCAAAAACUCCAAACAAAAGUUACGAGAAAAAUAGAAGAAUGGUAGACAAAUGGAAAUUUAGUAAACCUAAUCAAGAAUACAUGACAGACAAUGUCCCAAGGCAAAGAAGCAAAUCACUAGACCGAACUGAAGAACAAAGAAUAAAAGGAAGGGAAGAAAGUAAGCGAAGUGAAAUCUCCGAUCGCAGUGUUAGUCUACGAAAUUCCUAUGCUGCUGACAAUGUUACUCAUCCUAAUGGAUGCAACAAUCACACGACAUCAGAUAGCGUUCUAAAGGAGGCCAUCGCUGAUGCCGCAAAACGAAGAGCAGAAAGGCUACAGAGAACACGACAGUAUAGAAACGAAUCUUUCAAAUCAUCAAUGGAGAAAAGCAGUGAUAUGCACGAAAAGUAUGUCGAAACUGGUGGUAAAGUCACUGUAAAUUCAACACAGUUUGCUCACAAAAACCCAUUCUUAUUAAAGCAAACUGAUUCAAAUAAACCAGGAAAUUCUAUGUACAGUAAAGAAGAAAACAAUGCAGAAAGAAAAAACCUGGAAAGGUCUAAUGUUGAUCACUGUGCCCGAAAAUUACCCAUUCACAAAAAAGCAUCGGAUAUUAGAAAGGACUGCGUUGUUGAUUACACAGAAAAGGACGAGGACAAGCCAUCUAUACAGAAGCAACAGAAGAGAACUUAUCGUGAUCCUCUUGAAAUGCCAAACUCUAGUGAAAGGCAAGCCAAAUGGGAUUCAAUUAUCCCAGAAUCAGUACCUCGAUUUUUUCCAGAAACGACCCUGCAAAGCUCUUCUACUUCUGAGGAAGAGAUGGAGAUCGAUCUUCAGCUGCGUCCCACUUUGCCUCGGAGGCCGGUUGAGCUUCCCCGAUUUUCUCCUACAGAUGUGUGGAAAUCGAUCAAUUUAGACUUUUUUAAAUCUCAUCAGCAGCGUUCUGAUGUAAGUAGCGACGACGGAGAAGAUAUAAUGGAAGAGAAAAUUCAUCGAAUCAACCGACCAGCUGCACCUCGACGUCUAAAUCAUGAUCGCAGCGGUGAUUCAGGAAUCUCACCCGACGCUGGAAGUCCCAUGUUACUAAAUGACAAUUUCGAUUUGAUGAAUAAUGAUGCACUGUGUAAUACUCCCGACACCCAAUUACCAAAUGAAGAAUGCGGAGGUACAUGGAUACCACAGCAUGAUUUAGUCGACGAUAGCGACUGCGGUAGUGAUGAAUCGCCAGCUGAAAUCAAUAGUCCAAACAGUCCAACAAAAGUACAAGCUAAGUUUGCAAUGCCGAAUCUAAUGUUUCCGUCCAGAUCUCUCCCAAGAACUGAACAGAAGAAAGACUCUGACGAAAUUGUUGUUUCUGAAAAAGAAAGAACGAGAAGUAGAGGAAGAAGGAAAAAAGGUGGUUACAAGAAUGCAGAUGGGCAACACUUCAACAGUUUACGAAAUUUGAAGAAAGCUUUAGGCUUAAGAACAAAAUGUAUUACUGACGAAAGUAAAGGUUUAGAUUCAAACUGGUCACUAAGCCGAAGUCUUCCAAAUUUCAUCAAUAAUUUAAAUAUUGAAAAUGCAGUAAAACACGAUGCAGAAGCUCCAGAGCUGUAUGUUUUGGACCAUAUAAGAAGGAGCAAUUCUGAAUCGAAAGCUGUUCAGCAAGAUAGUACAGGAAGCAAACCGAUUAAUGCUUACAGCUCUCGUAAUCCCGAGUGGAGAAAAUCUUUUCCUUGUCAGUCUUCUGAAGGCCAUGUCAUGUACUUGCCGGAGUACAGUUCUAGUGCCAUACCAGUUCAACACAGAUCUGUAGCAGAUGAUAUUCAUGUUAAUACAGACAGUGAAUUGAUAUUGAAAAAACCUAGCAAUAGAAAGAAGUUUACUUACCAAAGUACUGUAAGACAAGAAGAAAAAAAGAAAUUAGAAGAAAAACUAGCAAGAGAAGUUGAAGCAAGGGAAAGAAAGCGGCAGCAAGAAAUCGAAUGGAUGAAUAAAGUCGAAGAAGAAUUUCGAAAACAGAGGGAUAAAGAAAAGGUUAAUAUACGUCAUCAGCUGCGAAUUUUAAAUCUUCAAGAGAAAUCAACGGAUAGCAAUGCGGCUUGUAGAAAAGAUUCUACCAAGCGAGACUCAGAUUAUACGCCAAAUAUUCAACAAGAUACGUCAAAAAGUCUACAGACUGACCAUCAAGAUUAUGUCAUGUGUUCUGGAGAUACGACUCACAAAAGCAACCAAGAAAUUGUGGAUAUGGAGUAUAACUGGAAGCAACCAACAGGUAUGAAGAAAUGGCUGAAGCGUCAGAAUAGAGAUUACCAGUGUCCUGCAAGACCUGAACCAGAAGGCGGAAGGUCUUCUAGUGAUGAUUCUAAACAGAAAGAUCAGGCGAAAGAUAAAAUUACGGAAUUACCAACUCGUUGCUCGAGUUAUCAAACUAAUAAAGAGUAUAUAUGCGUCCAUGGCUCUGAAGCUCCAUGCGGCAUUUGCAACAAUUUCAACAGCCAAACGUCGAGCAUGGUGAGGAGUGACAACGAGAAAAAAUCGCCUUUCCUCAGUUACAGAUUCCCGAAUAAUUCCGGUUCCCCGGAGAAGAUAGCUGACCCUCAGAAGUCUACAAGACAACAGGGGAGUUCAAAAGGUGCUCAAGAUACCAGAACUACAAGCAACUGCGUAGGUACCACAUCGAACUCGAAUGACCAUCGAUUCAUUAGCGAAUCUGUGGAAGAAUAUGAACUUCACACGAGGCUGUGCCGAACCAACAGCGGUCGAACUUUCGAAUCUCAUUCUUAUUAUGCUCUAGAGAGGCGCAAAGAAGAUCCUGCCGAAUACGAUGCCAUUCAGAAAGCAAAUUGUGGUACAGAUACUAAAACGAAUUUUUUCUCGACGCUCAAUUUUGAGAAAGAAUUGAAAGAGAACGUUCGAAAGAAAACACGAGAAUUCGAGAAAAGGACAAGAUUACGUGAUUACGACAGCGAUGACAGCGGAAGCGAUGGCAAGGAAGUGCGCCCCCAAAGACCAGUACUGAGAAAUCAAAAAAGGAAAAGUUCCGGUGAGAUGAGAGAACCUUCCUUUUCCAGAAACCAUCCUCACAGAAACGGAGCAAGGGUGAAAUCGCAAGUGAAUGGACAUAUGCUAAAUGGAAGAACUACAAACUAUUCCAAAGCUCUUAAUAGCCGUGUCAUGUUGCCCCAACAAAGAGUUCCUACUUGUUGAGCACUAACACAUGCUGCUACAGAAACUGUGCAAUACCAAAAUGAAUGCAUUUAGAAUGGAGCCAUUGCACUGAAGAAGAACAAAAGAAUGACGAAGUUCAGCGUUUGAAUGUUGUUAAGCAACGAUAAAAAAACUAGUCAAAAAUGUUGAAUUAUUCUAUUGUAAUUUGCUGUAGUUAAUUACUAAACAUUUUCUGUGCGAACUUCAAAUUACUGAAAUUGAAAAACCUGAUAUUUUUAUAAAGAUGUAUUUUUAUAACUGCUAUGUGUUUAAGAUUAAUUAUUUCAUGUAAAUAUAUUUUGUUAAAUGAAUAUAAUUAGAGUGGAAAAAAUGAAAUAAAUCAAAAUAUUAUUAUUUAACUUCUUUUCCUGAAACUGUUUUAUUUAUUAGUAUUCAUAAUUUAAUAAUAUCUAAACAGAGCACUUUUAUUUUGCAUUUGCUGGACAGUUCCUAGUUUUGAUUGCAAAAAAUUUUUCAUCAUAUUUUAUUUCAUUCUAACAUAAUGAAGAUAU